UUUUCAGUUACUGCCUGAGAACGAAACGAAACGCAUCGAAUAAUUUAAGUUUUCUUUCGAAACCGAGUUAAAUAAAAUAUAAUUUUGCAAUGGAUUGCGGCGGAGUAUUUGUGAAAUAUGUGCUCUUUAUAUUCAACAUAUUGUUUGUGAUAUGCGGAAUUUUGCUUAUCACCUUCGGCUCCAUUAUGGUGUCCACCAUAAAGGAUUUCUCGGGUGUCGGCGAAACCUUCACAGCCAACAGCGUGGCCAUCAUCAUCUUGGCCCUCGGCUGCAUUAUCUUCUUGGUGGCCUUCAUGGGCUGCUGCGGUGCCAUUCGCGAGAAUUCCUGUGCCCUGACCUCGUAUUCUGUUGUCAUGCUGGUGCUGCUGAUCAGUCAACUGGCCCUCAUCAUCUACGUCUGGGUGGACCACGUCCAGAUACAGCAGUCCCUGGAGAAGAUCGUUCAAACCAUUUGGGAUCAGCGCAAAACCGAUGCUCUACUCAUGGACACUCUGCAACGUUCGUUCAAGUGCUGCGGCUUGAAUGGCUUCGCUGAUUACGGUGUCACAUAUCCCGCUUCCUGCUGCGACUCUCCCUCAAACGGAACCUGCGGAAUAACCCAAGUCAUGACUCGGUCCAGUUGCCUUAAGGCCGUUGAUUCGUUCUGGGACACCAACGUGAAUAUCAUCAAGUACGCCGGUCUGGGAGUGACUGCUGUGGAGCUUGUGGCCUUCAUCUUCGCUUGCUGCUUGGCCAACCAGACUCGUAACUCCCAGAGACGCCAGAACUACUAAUGCUGAGGCAUCUUUUAAUAUUACACAUAGUAAUAAUGUUAUCUCCUGACCUACCUAAAAACAUAAAGUAGACAUAUGAAUAAAUUUUUAAAAACUUACUUAAAUGCCAA